AUGUUGAGUUUGCACUCUGAAAAUUCAAGAGUUCAGGCCUUUGGCUGCGCCCUCUUGCAAAGUUGUGCAUGCAAUAGUCCAGAAAUGCGAAUCAGGAUCGGCGAGAUGGGGGGUGUUGAAGCUAUUGUGCAGGCAAUGCAACAGGAUCUAAAGGCAGCCAAUGUGCAAGCCUUUGGCGCAUCCGCCUUGCAAAGCUUAGCUAUGCAGAACCAAGACAAUGUUAGGCGGUGUCACAAGCUCAAGGUCGUUGACCUUGUUGCUGACGCCAUGGAGGCUCAUCCAUACUCACUAAAACUUCGCGAGUUUGGUGAAAUGUUGACAAACACCAUCGAGGGCUGA